CUGGCUUGGAGAGCUGCCUGUUUGAAAGCCUUGCUCAGACAUGAACUGGACUGCCAGCUCUGUUGUCUGUCAGUCUUUCGGAUCAAAGACGGUGAUACUCACGAGCUUUAGGGAGAUAAGGCUGCUGGGAUAUUUUCCCUCCUGGAGUAAAACUAGGCCCAACCAGUCAGACUGGGAACUUAUUGUCGGUUUUCUAGGAUGAGUUUUACUGGUAAAACUAGAUGUGUCCUAGACUCUUAAGGGGCCUGUUUAUACUGAGUAUAUUUUGAAUGCCAACGUCCAAGUGGGAAAUCACAUUCUAAGUCUUUCUACAGUUCCCUGAAAGAUGGCAGAUGAAUUCUUCCAUGCUGGAAAGGAAAACUGCAGUGAGCAGGCAAGAAGAAGUCAAGUCUCUGGUCCACGUUCACAAUUCCAGAGAAGUUUUAUCCAGAGAGUAACGUUGCUGGGAAAGCUACCCACCAGAUUUGUCCUCCAUCGGGAAAGAAAGCAGAAGGUUGCUGCUAUACUGGGGGUUGACCAAGAAGCCAUGAAGUCUCUUCCAGAGGGAGACUUAGACCAUUGCCUGCUGAGCAAGGUGGACCUGAGGCGGCAGCAGAUUUCUCAGACCAUGGAGGAGGUGCAGAAAAUCAUCCACCUGCUAACCACAGAAAUCAGCCGCCAGGACAGUCGUUUCGAAGCCGUGCCUGUCUCUGACACACACAACGAGAGCAUUAAGGUUUUGGCCCCCAGCCUCUUCCAUGUCACCGUCCCACUGAAAGGCCUUGCAGGGUACAAGGGGGUCCAGAGGCAGCGCUGGCGGUACUACAAUGUGCAGGGCGCCAAGCUCACCUGCCCUCUGCGGGACCCCGAAGGCCUGCAACAGUGGCUGGAGACUGAGAUGUUCAUGAAGACCCUGUGGCAGUGGCACAAGGCAGAUGUGAACAUUGAGGGGGACAUUGUGCCAGCCAAAGUCCUGCAGGUGUUCCGGACGCUGGUGGAAAAUGCAGUGAGAACCUGUCACCUCUCAGGCAAAGUCACUGUGCUAGAAAAACGCACUACGGUUUGGGUUGCCAUGGAAACGUCCACAGGCCAGGUGGAGCUGGAGCUGGCCCCCACCGUGGAGAUCCCCACCACCUGGCCUGAGAAAGCCCAGUGGCCUCGGUGUCUGAAGCGAUGGCCUUCCCCAGAGAGAGUGGAGUGCAUCAAGUCCUUUGGGUUUAACUUGGUGGCCCAGUCCGCCUAUCACUGGCAGCUGAGUUUCUCCCAGGCAGAGCAGGUGCUGUUUGAGCAGCUGGACGAGGAUGGAGGCUGCCGCAGGCAAUGCUUUCAGGUCCUGAGGCAGCUGAAGGAGGAUGUGUGGUGUCCAGGGAGGAGGCCAGUCAUCACCACCCACCACCUGCAGACCGUGCUCUUCUGGACUUGUGAGAAAUACCCCCACCUCAAGGAUUGGCAGGUCUUCCAUCAAGCCCUCCUGCGCCUCGUCCGGAAGCUGCACAGGUGUGUGAGCCAGCACUUCCUGAAGCACUAUUUUGUUCCAAAGAGCAACCUCCUUCAGUCAGCUAACCCAAGCGAGCUGGAUGCGGUGGCCCAGAAAGUGGCCUUUUUCCUAAAGAACCCGCAGGUUGAGCUGCCCUGAGCUGGCCCAAGGAACCCUUGUUUCAUUCCUUCCUGCUUGACUUUGUUCUCGGGGUGGUUCCUCUGUCAGCUGCCAGGAUCCUGUGCUAGAGACAGCCUGCCAAUGACAGAGAGAAUGAACCAGGCCGUCAGCUAGCUCACCAGAGACAAAACUGCUCCUGCCCCAGGUCAUACAAGCAUUUCAUCUUCCCUACCUCUCCUGGGGACGGCUCUCAUCCAGUUUCCCCAGUGACUGAUUCUCCAUGCUCAGGAGAUGGGCUCAGUGCAGGCCAGGCAUUAGUCUGCAGAUGGUGAAUUCUCCAGCUGGCUAGACCAGAACCCAUACCAUGACAGACAGCCCACCAGUGGCUGGUGUCCUUUUUAACUCUCUGCACCCCAGCUCCAAGCAGAGGCCAGUGGGUCCCGUUCCUCUCUCAAGUGUGGGGAGUCAUCAUAAGUCUCAGGGAAAGUUCCAGAGAAGGACGCAGCUGGAACUCUACCUGUCGCCUGACUCGUCACAACCCCCUCUGCCACGGUCAAGCCUAUAACUUGCUUCCAUUUCAGGAGCGAGCUCUGUGCUGUGGCCUGGCAUGUCCUUCACAUCUGGAUGUGAGCUCCAUCAUUUCACUCCCUCGCUGACACAUAAACACUCACUAGGCACUGAGAAUACAGGGACGCACAAGACAGACUCACUGGAGAAGACAGAAAGCAGACAGUAAAUUGGUAAAUUCUGUCACCACACACAGAAGGACGAUCCUGAGGGAACGUGUGGACAGCUAAGAGAGACCAGAAUGGUCACCUCAGGCAGGCUGGGAGGGAUGGGUGGGCAGCUCUGGCUGUGAGAAGCUGGGGUGGAGUCGGUACUAUUGUGUCCUGGGAUCAAAGGUGCAACAUUUACCUCCAACAAGAAGAAAGACUUUGUGGUCUGAAGCACAUUUCAGAUGAUGGCUCUGGUGGUCAUGUUAGGAGGGAUCCUGAGGUCCCUGCUCUUCACCAUGCAGAGACUUCGGAGCCCCACAGCAUCGCACAUCUGUACAGUCUGGGGAUUGUGCUCUAAGAGCGAAUGGCUUCCUUUGGCAUGUUUUUAGUGCUUCUCAACUCCAGGGAAUCCUUUAUGAAUUUUGAACAUUCUUCCCAAAUUUGCUUAACAAAGUAAUAUCCUUAAAAGCACAAACACUGCUUUGGAGGCUCUGAAGAAACCCCACGUGCGGAGGAACGAGCCCGAGGCCCCUGACGUUCUGAGCAUGCGCCCUGCCAAUGAGCUGCAUUGGCUUUUUAUUUAGAGGCUGGAUCUCACUAAGUUACCCAGGAUGGCUCUAUUUUUUUAUUAGUUUUUUAUUAGAAUAUAUUAAUUAUACAUAAUGAUUGGUUUCAUGUGAUAUUUUCAUGCAUGUAUAAAAUUUUGUGUAUGAGUGUGUGCGCAUGUGUGUGAACCAAUGACUUGUAUACGGGUUUCAUCCAGGAACAUGGAUAAGGGACUAGUUACAGAGAAUGGGCACCUUCUAGUGGCUACACCACUGAAGAAAGUGCCAUUAAUGGCUUAUAAAGCAUCAGGGAGAGAUGGGGCCUUGUUAGCAUUCUCCACCUGUGACAGAAUGGUGACAGUCCAAUUGUGUUUGAGUGAGCACGGCCUCUGAGCGUUCAAUAGUGUCAUCACUACGUUAUAGCUGGAGACCGCAGUCCACAACCCUUCACCCUAUCCAUCAGCCAUUCUUCCCCCCCAUUCCAUGACAUUUCCAAGGCAAAAGCCUAAGACGGCUUUGAACUCACUCUGUAACUCAGGCAAGCUUUGAAUUAACUUGCAAUCCUCCUGCCUCUGCUUCCCAAGUCGCUGGAAUGAUAGUCCUGUACCACCACUUCUGAUUCCGAUUUGGUGAAAAUCAAUAUUAUUUUUAUUCAAAAGUGCUGCAACAAAAUAGUAGAAACCCCAGAUUAUCAGUCAGUAAAUCAAAGUUUUAAACGGUU